AUGGCGCCCAUCCUCACCACCAACCCAUCAUUGACGCUCGUUCCUGAACCUCUAACCCCGGAAAACUUCGCACAAUUCGGCACAGCCAUCUGCUCGCCCAUUCCCCGCGAUCUCAAUGUCGCUCCGCAGCCCUCAAACCUCCCACCUUACAACCCAGCCCCGGUCCUGGCAAACCAAAACUCUGCCUUGAAGUACAGCCCCAUCUCUCCGCUCAUCGACCGCUACGCCAAUGGCCCCAGCGGCACAGCAUCCGAAGCUCGCAUGACCAUGUUCUGCUGCUUCCCGCGCAAACUGCGAACGACUGCCUCGCCCGAGAAGGAAGUCUUCGACGUGCGCAUUCUCGAGCGCCACCCGUUCACAAACCAGACUUUUGUUCCUAUGGAUUUGUCAAGUCAUUCGAAGGUCGGCGAUGGCGAGGAUGAGCCCAUUUUCUUGGUUGUUGUUGCGCCGACGCUGAAGGGUGAGACUGCUACGGCGACGAAUGAGGCCGGCGAGACGAUUACUAUUCGUGAUCCACCAGAUUUGAAGAACGUGAAGGCUUUCAUUGCUCAUGGUGGUCAGGCUGUUACGUACGGUGUUGGUACGUGGCAUGCGCCUAUGGUGGUUUUGGGGAGGAGGAGGGUUGAUUUUGUCGUCGUGCAGCAUGUGAAUGGUGUUGCUGAUGAGGAUUGUCAGGAGGCUGCGUUUGGUGAAGGGGUUGUUGUUGACUUGGGUCGUAAAGGUCAGCAUGGUCGGAGGGAGAAGGGUCCGCAGUUGUGGAGGGCUAAGCUCUGA